CCGUCGAUACUACCAAAUCCAGUAUAGUAUUGCAUUGCGUGUGUGGAUUCUCUUGCAGUGAUCGAGCAGAUGGCGUACACAACGACGUCGUUUUUCUGGCUGGUCGGCUGUUUCGUCGUUGUUAUUUGGUGCUCACAGUCACUUUUACUUCCGGCCUGCGCUGCUUCUGGGUACGGCGGAAACCACCCGCCACAACUCAGCCAGCAGUCAGCUGACGGGAACGGGAUGAAUGAAAAGCCGCCGCUCCCCAUCGGCGUUCAGGGGACCAUCCUCUGCAAGUCCGACGAUGGUUAUCGCCCCUUGCCAGGGGCAACGGCGAGGAUCACGUGCGUGGCGGAAGAGGAGCACGGGUACGAGACGGCGCCGUUUUCGGUCUCGAGCAGUCGGACCGACGACCAGGGAUACUAUUUCGCCACGCUGUAUCUUUCAGAGGUGAUGAUGAGCGACGACUUGAAGCUCAAAGAAUGCAAAGCCUUCCUCGAGAAUCCUUCGUCGGCGACGGACACUACUACCUGCGAUUACCCGACUGACCAGAACGGCGGCGUCUCCGGCGCCACGCUCACCUCGCAUACCGUCCUCGAAGAGAAAAGGAUGAAGCUUUACACGGUCAAGCCUUUCGCUUACAGCACGACAGCUGGGCCCGCAUCCGCCCCUUCGCCGGCGGAUGAUUACGACGACGGGUAUUAGUUGAUUAAUUAUCAUUAGUUGUAUUUGUAAGUGGAGAUUAUAAUAUGUGGAAAUGUGUACUCCUAAAUUAGCAACAUUAAUUGUAUCGUUUUUGUUAUAUGUAUAGUAAAACAUCCCAUUACAGUAUUACACCAUAUUGUACGAUACGCGGAUAUUUUUUUUACACGACAUUCUACUACACCAUAUCAUAUGGUAGCACCAUGGUAACUAAUAGUGGUUUUAAACAAUUAUAUAACAUCCUACUACAAUAUACCAUAUAAUAUUAU